CCCUCCUUUAUUACUUUCUGUGAUUGACUUCAAUGAAUCCUUGAGCUCAAAACCAUCACUGAUUACUGAACAACACUCGCCGCCGCUACCACCACCGUCACCGAGAGAGAUGGAGGCAAAGCUGGCAGGUACCGGGGUCAGCGAGAUAGAGCAGAUGCCAGAAGUCCCGCAGCACAGAGGGCCCCACCACCGGAGGGCCCACUCAGAUACCUCCUUCCGCUGCUUCGACGAUCUCCUUCUCUUCGACCCUUCCGACCUUGACCUCUCCUCCCUCGACCUCCCUCCCUCCAAUCCUCCUCCGCCGCGUGCCUCCCCCAUGGCCGUCGAUUCCUCCGACGAGUCCUCAUCCAACGGCGCCCCACCUCACGCUCCCCCUCCUCCUCCCUCUUCUCUCCCCAAACCCCCCAGGACAAUCUCCCACUUUCGCAGUCUCUCCGUUGACUCCGACUUCUUCGACGGAUUUGCCCUCACCCCCUCCGUUCCUCCCCCUGAUGACAGCUUUGGCGGGAAAACCUCUUCGGCCGGGGGAGAGAAGAGACCGUAUUAUCACAGACACAGUAAUUCCAUGGAUGGAACGAGUUCGGCGUCGUUUGAGCUUGACUCAAUUUUGGGUAUGGAUGGUAUGAAGAAAGCUAUGGCUCCAGAUAGACUUGCCGAGCUCGCCCUUGUUGAUCCUAAGAGAGCUAAACGGAUUCUUGCUAAUAGACAAUCUGCUGCGCGUUCGAAGGAGAGGAAAAUAAGGUACACGAAUGAGCUGGAGAGGAAGGUGCAGACGCUUCAGACUGAAGCAACCACCCUCUCUGCUCAAGUCACGAUGCUUCAGAGAGACACAACAGGAUUGACUGCCGAGAAUAAGGAACUUAAACUGCGAUUACAGGCAAUGGAGCAACAAGCGCAGCUUAGAGAUGCUCUAAAUGAAGCAUUAAGGGAAGAAGUGCAGCGACUUAAGAUUGCAGCCGCGCAACUCCCAGCUGUCAAUGGAAACCCUUUCAACCGGGUACUUCCUCCUCAAUUUCCAACCCAGCAAACAGCAUUGCAUCCGUUUGGUAGCCAGCAGCAGCAGCAGCAGCAACAAGCAGCGCAGAUACAGACGCUUCAAUCAUCCCCCAGCAACCAGUCUCUCAACGGACAGCCACACCCUAGCUUUAUGGACUUCAAUUAAAGGGUCUAGUGUGUUUCAUCACAGAAGAAAGAGAAAAUUCUAAUCAAGAUUUUGUACAUAGAAAUAUGUAUGUGAUUGCAGCGGGUAAAGAAAAAUGGUUGUGAAAAGCGUUGCACAUAUGGGAUAUAUGUUACCCAAUUUAGGAUAGCCUUAAUACAAAAACAUGUUGUAGGAAAUUAGGUGCUAAUAUGCUUUGAUCUGGUGAAUGAUUGCUGUAAUGUAUCUUUGAUAUUUGAUGACUUGCAUUUAACAAA